AUGAAGAAACAUGACAUGUCUUACUGGCUUCCAUCUGUUCACAAAGCUCGCAACGACUUCACGAAUGCCACAUCGGUGGAUGGAGAGCGAGCUGAAGAAGGCAGUUCUUUGCGGCAGGUAGCUGCGAGCGACGACAAUUCCAUGGUAGGUGCCCAUGGGCGGGUGAAUCUCCGGGCGGAUGCGAAGGUAUCUGUCUGGCUUUCUCGUCCUGGCAACGGUGAAUCCAUGGCUCAUGGGAGUGGACCGCACGGCCACGGCCCGAGGAACGUCCAUGUUGCCCUCCGGUGCUCCGUCCAGCGAGAGGAGAACUUCCCCAAAACCGGAUCCUUGAAGGAGCCCUCGAAGGUGCCCAAAGCUCUCUGGGCCAGGUCUGGUCAUGAUCGCGCUUCUUUCUGA